AUGUCCCUCAGACCCACUGUUUCUAAGGACAAGAGCAGACCAGUGCUGGUGAAGCGCGUAUUCAGUGUGGACGAUGACGCCAACGAGGUCCAGAAUGAUAUACGCUACUUCGAGAACCUCGCAGACGGUGUCAAGAUAGUGCUGCCGGGGUCCGAGAACAACAUCCAGGACAGUGCUGCGCUCUCCACCGGCGGGAAUGUCGCGGUGCCCGUGCCGCAGGGGCUGCGGGAUGAGGCGCUGGUGCCCGUGGACUCGCUCAGGUCCUUGUCCACGCCGGACCUGAUGGAAUCUAUCACUAACUUGCAGCAGAAACUGGUGACGCCGCGGAUCAACGGCGUCGCGGCGCAUGGAAACGUCGGCUCGCCGCGCUUCAUCAUACAUGACCACACACAUACGCACCCGGGCGAUAAGAAGAGCGCCACGCACCAUGACUUGUACAUAGAGGAGCUGCCCGCCCAGCGGUCGAACAGCAGUCAAGCGUUGCCUGCCGGAAGUGUGGCCGGCGGCAACGGCACCAGCAGCCUCACGGAUAUACCGCCCGUGGACCUCGAGGCUAGCAAUCUCGGAGAAACAGAGAGACUGGACCCAGACAACGCCUCCCGAGCAUCGUCCAUCGAAUCCUACACCUUGAGAGAGAGACAGGACGCGAUCAACGAGACACACCCCUUCGGUAUCAGAAUAUGGAAGCCAGCGCUGUACAAGAAGAAAAGAUCAGUGGAGAAGGCUGCCGAUGAGGAUAUCCACGAGACUAAGUUGAAAAAGAUCACCUGGGCUGUGAAGGCAACCAAUUGGAUCUGGGUAGCUACUUGCGGACUGUUCUUGUUCACGGUGUUCGCUUCCGCCUCUAUAACGGUUUUAAUAGCGGGUCUAUUUACCAAAUCAGCGAGGGACUACUCUAGACUAAUGCUCAGACUGGCAAGAUAUUUACUGUACCCCUUCGGCAAAGUAGUGUAUUUGAUACAGGACAAACAAUACUUGGAAGAAGAUAGAGAUGAGGGUAUUAGCGUUCAGCAGUUUUAUAACUGGGUGACUUCAUACAAGAGCAGGCUAUUUUUCCACGAAUCACAAACUCGUCCAACUGAGUCAGACGCUCUUGGGAACAAUAUGCAUCACACAUCGUAUGGCUCCAUACAGAAGGUGGUCGGCGAGCAAACUAACACAGAGAGUAAUAAUCCAAUGUUGGAUAAUAAUGGUUAUACGGAAUUACCACAUUCAACUUCGUUCCAGAAUCCCAGUAAUGAUCAUCAAAACUCUGCUGCCACUCAGAGAAGAUUGUUUGGAAGAGGGAAGUGGUCACUUGGUAGAAUUGUGUUUUAUGCAAUUUUCCACAUCGUCUUACAGCCUAUUGUCUUGUUCCUUUCAUUAUUGACCUGGUUGGCUGUAUUCACAAUACCUAUGAGUAAUAUACUUUGGAAUUUGAUGUACCAUUGUAGACGCCAUCCCUUGGCGUUAGGCUUCAAGAGUAUAAAAAAUUCAAGUAACCAGAUCAUAGAGCAUUAUGAUGAUAAGAAUAUUUUAUUGUGCACUUUCAGAUGUGCCGGAUGGCAUUACUAUAAAUUUACAAUAGACGGUACUAAUGUUAUAGUUGUUAACUUAAUCGCUAUGGUUUUCUUUACAAUUUUCGAUUUCUAUGCAUUGAAGGAGUUCUUUAAUAUUGACUUAUGGAUAACAAGUGAAUCAACAGUCUUUAUAUUAUGUUUAGCCUCGAUUAUUCCAUUGGCUUUUUAUAUUGGCCAAGCCGUUGCAUCUAUUUCAGCGCAAACUUCAAUGGGUCUUGGUGCUGUUAUCAAUGCAUUUUUCUCAACAAUUGUGGAAAUAUUCUUAUACUGCGUUGCCCUUCAGCAAAAGAAAGGUUUGCUGGUCGAAGGUUCAAUGAUCGGAUCAAUAUUGGGUGCUGUGUUAUUGCUACCUGGUCUUUCCAUGUGUGGUGGUGCCUUGAACCGGAAGACACAAAGAUAUAACCCCAGAAGUGCGGGUGUCUCAUCUGCUUUACUGAUCUUUUCAAUGAUAGUGAUGUUUGUUCCAACACUUUUAUAUAUGAUGUACAGUGGUUAUGACGUCAUUUGUGAUGAUUUAGACGCCACAUUACCACUAGACCUCUAUUCUGCCUAUAAGGUGAUGAGUACGUCAAAAUGCCAUUUCUCUCACCCACCUCUAAAGUUCGACAAGUUGUAUACCCAUGUCAUUGAACCGAUGUCAAUCGUAUGUGCAUUCGUUCUAUUCUUAGCUUACACUAUUGGUUUAUGGUUUACUCUGAGAACACAUGCAGCAACCAUAUGGCAACUUCCAAUUGCUGAUCCACCAAGAGAGAUUGUCAAUACUGAGGCAAACGGUAUCGACGGAAUAUUAUCCCAUGAAGAAGACCAUAAUGAUGAAGGUGGUGGGCAUGACGCACCAAAUUGGUCUAGAUCAAAAUCUACACUAAUACUUCUACUUGCGACAUUGUUAUAUGCAAUCAUUGCCGAGAUUCUUGUUUCUUGUGUAGACUCUGUCUUGGAAGAUUUCCCAUCCUUAAGUCCCAAAUUCUUAGGUCUUACAAUAUUUGCCUUGGUUCCAAAUACCACGGAAUUCUUGAAUGCCAUUUCAUUUGCAAUGCAUGGAAACAUUGCCCUGUCGAUGGAAAUUGGUUCGGCUUACGCAUUACAAGUGUGUCUACUACAAAUACCCGCUCUGGUUCUAUUCUCAGUAAUCACCGCCAUCGGUGUUGAUAAAGCUUUAAUCAGCAUCAGAGAUCAAAUGUUCCCAUUAGUAUUUCCAACCUGGGACCUGGUUGCAAGUAUGGCAAGCAUAUUUGUAUUUACCUAUCUGUACGCAGAGGGUAAGUCAAACUACUUUAAGGGAUCAAUACUUAUCCUAUUGUAUGUGAUCAUCAUAAUGGGUUUUUACUACCAAGGACUGAUCGCCGAAUGGGGUAUCAUUACAUAA